AUGAUGGGAGCCCUGAAGUCCGGAUCGUUCACAGGACCGGCGACCAGGCGCUCACUCUCUCCACGACUACUGCCCACCAUCUGCACUUCACAGACGACUUCACGUUCAACACCGCGACAGAGACGGGUAUGCAAUAGUCCAAGAGUGUAUUCAAAUCAGCCUGCUCAAAAUUCGGGAUAAAACGUUGCCAUGCACCAGCGGCCAGCUCAUCAGUAUCGCGCAAAACCAAAAUCGACCACGAAGUGGAUUACAGGGGAAGAACAGAGAAGCCUGAAGGAGCAGUCUACGAAGCCAAACGAAUCAGCGCUGCCAAGGACAUAAGAACUAACAACAAGUCUCAAGCGCACCCAACAUAACCCCCCCCCCCACCAGCCUGCCCACGAUGUGGACGAACCUACGGGCGUACUGAUCCGCCUCCUCGGAUAUCUUUGGACCCAAUGGAACAAGAAAACGACAACUCCAUUUCCUGCUUUCAAAAACGCUUCCAUCGUCAUUCCUGCACCAAUCCUCACUGCACUGACCAUCACGGGCACAACCACAUGCACCACCACCACCGCCGCCGCCACCACCACCACCACAACCACCACCACCACCACCACCACCACCACCACCACCACCACCACCACCACCACCAACACGGUCGCCACUGGUGAUCACACUCCUGAUGCCACGACCGGCUCAGCCGAUUUCGUUCAUGAAAUGAAGCAUAUGCAAGUCCGAAAGAAGCGGAAUUAA